GAGGUAGACUUCGCUCUCGCAACUUGUGCCACCAGAAUUGCUCAGAAUUUCUUGUUCAGCUUGAACUUUCAUGAUCACUGGCGGUGGUUUUGUUAGAUUUUGAACAAGCGAAUUUCAGAAUUCAUGGAUAUCGACAAACUUUUCAAAGUACCGAAGCUACCAGUGGGGUCGAAUAAACGGAAAAUGCCCGACAACCCCACUCCUGAAAUGCUUAAGAAAAUGAAACUUGAUGUUCCACCACAACGGGAUCAGCGCCCUGAAGAAAGUGGUGUUGGCGCUGCUGCAUUCAAAGGCAAAUCACGUCGAGCAACUGUACAAACCGAAGAUGAAGACGAAGUUGACACCGAUUUUGCACCUGGAGGAGAUGCCGAUUAUUUCAUAGAGGAAGAUGAUGAAGGUCGCUUCUUUGGAGGAGGUUUGACAUUGGAGCAAAAAGACAUACUAAAUAUCUUUGACAACGCGGGGGACGAAGGCGCGCAACACGACCCAGAUGAACUAUCUAUUACAGCUAUCCGACGAUUCUUACUUCGCUUCGAACGAGCUGCAAACAAGAACCAAGACCAGCGCUCCAAGUAUCCUGAUGACCCUUCGAAAUUCAUCGAUUCGGAAGCCGACCUUGAUAGUGCUAUCAAGGCCUUACUACCUUUAGCUCAGGUCCCUAUCGUCGCAUACCCAGAACUCGUUCGCUCGGGCGCUGUCUCGCUGCUAAUAGGUUUACUUAGCCAUGAGAACGCAGACAUUGUGAUCGAUGUAGUAGAAGUAAUACACGAGCUAACCGAUGAAGAUGUUGGCAAUGAAGGAGAACAAGACGAGGAGGAGGAAGGACAAACGCAGGCUGCUCUCAAAGUGCUUGUCGAUGCCUUACUGGAAAACUCGGUAUUGGAAUUAUUGGUCGAUAAUCUUUCUCGUUUAAAAGAGACAGAGGAAGCCGACCGUCAGGGCGUUUUUCACAUACUGGGUGUUUUCGAGAAUGUUUUAGGGCUGAACCCAGAACUUUCCACACUACUCGUAGCAAAAACGAAGAUCAUGCAGUGGUUAUUGAACCGCAUUCAGUCAAAAAAUCAUGACGAAAAUCGAGGUUAUGCUGCUGAGCUACUUUCGAUAUUAUUGCAGGAUAAUGUAUCUAAUCGAAUGGAGCUGGGGAAGAAUGAUGGGGUUGAGUCCAUUCUCAAAGUUCUUUCGCAAUUUCGUAGGCGGGAUCCCGCUGACGCUGACGAAACCGAAUUUAUGGAAAAUGUUUUCGAUGCUUUAUGCUCAGCACUGUCAGAGAGAGAGAUCAAGUCCUUAUUCCUCGCAAGCGAAGGUGUCGAUCUGAUGGUAUUGAUGAUGAAAGAAAAUCGUCAGUCCAAAUCAAGAACAGUGAAGACCUUAGAUUAUGCUAUGUCAGGGACUUCCGGAACUGAUAUAUGUGAAAAUUUUGUCGAAGCACUGGGUCUCAAAACGCUAUUCUCUGCGUUUAUGGGCAAGUCUACGAAAAAACACAAAACGAAUGGCGCCCCUCCAGCAUCAGAAGACACGUCGCAUAUUCUUGGAAUCAUUUCCUCGUUAUUCACAAACCUACCAUCAGACUCGCCUAGUCGCAUACGUCUAUUAGCCAAAUUUGUGGAAAAUAACUACGAAAAGAUUGACAAACUGCUUGAAAUUCGUGAAAAUGCAAAUACUCGCCUGAAGGCGGUCAAUGCAGAAAUUGAACUGGAGAAGAAUGAACUUAAUGCUGAGGGUGAGGAAAUAGGACCCGAGGAGGAAGAUAUGUGGUAUAUUCGUCGGGUAGACGGGGGACUGUUUACGCUUCAAAACGUGGAUUACAUUCUAGCAUGGACAGCCAUGGAAGAUGAUGGGAUUCGCGGGCAUGCUGCGCAAAUGCUCAACCGAAAAAAUCUAUCGGUGAAAGACAUCAUUGAAACAAUGCGGAUGCAUCACCAGAAUAUGGAUAAUGAUGAGCAGAACUCAUCGACUUCUGAUGAAACGUCACAGCGAGCACCUUCACAAAGAGAGAUUUUGGCGAAUCUUAUCGUUUUCCUGGAGGGCUGCUGAAUUUUCGCGUAAUAUAUGCUGAUAUUAUGAUAAUAUGUCGAACUAUGAAGCCGCUAGGGCCACAGACGAGAAGACCAUUUCUAGCGCGCCUUUAACUUUCACAACUUCUUUUUGAAAGCGUAGUUCUGCAUGCAACUUCUUCCGUAGCCGGAGGAAUAGCGAGUCGAUGAGAGGCGACUGCCCCAAUACCGGUGUAUAUAAUUCUGCCACGGUCAAAUUCAAAUCAUGUUCGUCAAUGAAAAAGGACCUGGACAUACCGAUGACACAGCUCGCAACAUCACAAACCAUCUCUCCAAAACGAGGGUCAGAUAUAUGUUUAACGAGUAGACGCAACACGGGUUCUAGGAGAACAUCGUCUCGCCCAGACAGUGCACUUCGGAGACCAUCUCGGUGGAUUAGUUCCUGUAUCAGCGAAAACACUGUUGUUGGCGGGACGUUCUAUAGAAGGUCGUAAGAACAAAAAUCAGGCCUAAAAUGAGUCUCCAACCUUGCGUAAAACAGAAUCCAAGGCAGCAGAAUAUUUGAAACUUUUCAAC